GAGGACUGGAAUGAAAUUGACCCCAUUAAAAAGAAAGACCUUCCUCACAGCAAUGGAGAAGAAAAGGCACAGAGCGUGGAGACCCUCCCUCCAGGGAAGGUGCGGUGGCCAGACUUUAACCAGGAGGCCUACGUGGGCGGGACGAUGGUGCGCUCCGGGCAGGACCCCUAUGCCCGCAACAAAUUCAACCAGGUGGAGAGCGACAAGCUGCGAAUGGACAGAGCCGUCCCCGACACCCGGCACGACCAGUGUCAGCGGAAGCAGUGGCGGGUGGCCCUGCCGGCCACCAGUGUGGUGAUCACGUUUCACAACGAAGCCAGGUCAGCCCUGCUGAGGACAGUGGUCAGUGUGCUUAAGAAAAGCCCGCCUCAUCUCAUUAAAGAAAUCAUCUUGGUGGAUGACUACAGCAACGACCCUGAGGACGGGGCUCUCCUGGGGAAAAUUGAGAAAGUGCGGGUUCUCAGAAAUGACCGGCGAGAAGGCCUGAUGCGCUCGCGAGUCCGGGGGGCCGAUGCCGCCCAAGCCAAGGUCCUGACCUUCCUGGACAGCCACUGUGAGUGUAACGAGCACUGGCUGGAGCCGCUCCUCGAGAGAGUGGCUGAGGACAGGACCCGGGUCGUGUCGCCUAUCAUCGACGUCAUUAACAUGGACAACUUCCAGUACGUGGGGGCGUCGGCGGACCUCAAGGGUGGUUUUGACUGGAACUUGGUGUUCAAGUGGGAUUACAUGACCCCUGAGCAGAGGAGGUCCCGCCAGGGGAACCCAGUCGCCCCUAUAAAAACCCCCAUGAUCGCAGGCGGGCUGUUCGUGAUGGACAAGUCCUACUUCGAGGAGCUGGGGAAAUACGACAUGAUGAUGGACGUGUGGGGCGGAGAGAACCUGGAGAUCUCAUUCCGCGUGUGGCAGUGCGGUGGCAGCCUGGAGAUCAUCCCGUGUAGCCGCGUGGGACACGUGUUCCGGAAGCAGCAUCCCUAAAACACCCGCCGGGCAGCAGAGGUCUGGAUGGAUGAGUACAAAAAUUUCUAUUACGCAGCUGUGCCUUCUGCCAGGAAUGUUCCCUAUGGAAACAUUCAGAGCAGGUUGGAGCUCAGGAAGAAGCUGAACUGCAAGCCUUUCAAGUGGUACUUGGAGAACGUCUACCCGGAAUUGAGGGUCCCAGACCACCAGGAUAUUGCUUUCGGGGCCUUGCAGCAGGGCACCAACUGCCUCGACACUCUGGGGCACUUUGCUGACGGUGUCGUUGGCGUGUACGAGUGUCACAAUGCUGGCGGCAACCAGGAGUGGGCCUUGACGAAGGAGAAGUCGGUGAAGCACAUGGACCUGUGCCUCACGGUGGUGGACCGGGCGCCGGGGUCUCUGAUAAAGCUGCAGGGCUGCCGAGAGAACGACAGCAGACAGAAAUGGGAGCAGAUCGAGGGCAACUCCAAGCUGCGGCACGUGGGCAGCAACCUGUGCUUGGACAGCCGCGCGGCCAAGAGCGGCGGGCUGAGCGUGGAGGUGUGCGGCCCGGCGCUGUCCCAGCAGUGGAAGUUCUCGCUCAACCUGCAGCAGUAGGCGGGCCCAGCCGCCCUGGCCGGCACCAGCGGGCCGCCUGACGAUCGCAUUCUCAUGUUUCUUAAACUUCCGCGAAACUAUAUACCUCAGUAUUCCAUCAUGGUCUGAAAGUCGGAGCGCUUCGGCAAAGGCGCGGACAGACGGCUGCCCUCCUCCUCUGCAGGGCAGCAGCGGCCCCUGCCCGGAGGCCGAGGUGCCCCCGCCUCCCGCCUCCGCAGCAGCCAAGUAACACCAGCCAUCAGGACGGACGCCAGAGGAGCCAGACAGCCGGCCCGCGUGGGCAGACAGGCGGGGAGAGGGCACCGGGGCCCACCCAGCGAGGAGAACCUUUGAAAUCUCCGUUUCGAUCCCAUCGAAAUCAUGUAUGGUUUCCACAAAACCGAAUCAUGUUGUUUUGCAGGUUUCCGUUGUCCCCGUCCCCUCUGGUCCCAGCUGUUCCCCAGCCAGGCUCCAUCUCCCACCUGGUGUACUUGCUGUGUUUGAACAGGAACUUUUGUACAGUGGGACACUAAAUAUAAAUAGGUAUAAAUAUAUACAUGAGGAGGAAUGGGCGGGCAGUUCCCUGUACUUCUGUAGGUUGUCAUCCUGUAAAUUCCCCACAAAGCUUACAGCCGUGCGGAGACGAGGACCGGCAGUAGGUGCUCCGCAGCUGGCAGGCCUUCCCCCGGCCACCAUCCGACUACGGCAUCCGUGGCUUCAGCCAUGGGCUGGAAUCCUCUGUGUGUGCCGCUGGCAUCUGGGAACCUGGACGAGUUACUUGUUUUUGACAAAUGCGGCUUUGGGUCUUUUUAAAAAUCAGCCCAGAGCACGCAGCGUGAGCAGUCCUGUGGCAGAACGGGCUGGUGACACGAGGCAGCUGUCAUUCCUGGCCCUGGACUGAUCGAGUUCUGUGCCCUGCACGCUGGGCCUUCAGGGCUGCCUGGGCGACAGCAGAAUGCAGGGUGGCCUUCCCGUCUGGAAACAGACGCACUCUGGCCUGCGUGCCUGUCCCCGGGUGCUCACAGCCAGGCAGCACGUCCGGCCUCCCAUCCAGGCCUUCCCUUGCAGAAGGUGACCAGCUCAGGGAGCUCUGGUGAAAGAUGAGGAAGGGUUAAACCAAACACAGCCUGCUCGUUGACGUCGAGGAUUCAGGUGUGACAUGGGCCUCUGGUUCGUGUCUAAGCCACGGGAGAGUUACGAGCUAACCAUCAGGAUGGGAACAGAAGCCUGGGCGUGUGCCCCAGUGCCUAAGAAUGACCCUUCAGAGCCUCCUCCUUUUGCAGUGUCCCCACAUACAAUGACAGACUGGCCCCUGUGGUUACUGCUCCACUCCCUUUUCCACUGCCACCCC